AUGGCUCCAACAGAUUUACAUCAACUAGCCAAUAAUGAAUAUGGCGAAUUAGCAACUGUUCGUGCAACUGUUGCUUGUUCGACAAUAAUGUGUGUUAGUACAAUGGCGCCAAUACGCAUGGAACGGAUUGCCGAAGAACACCAAGAGCAAAUCAAAGCAAAUUAUCCUCGAAGUACUUCACAGCUUUGGUAUCAGUUAUAUUUUUUCAAAAAUCGUCUAUAUACACAGAGGCUAAUCCAACAUGCUGAAGGAUGUGGCUAUAAAGCGGUAGUAGUUAACGUUGAUCAUUGCAAAGUAGGCAAUAGAGAAUGUGAUGUUCAUAAUAAAUUUUCAUUACCUAAAGGUAUUCAAGCGUAA